AUGCUAGAACCAUUUGGCUCGUAUGAGUCGGAUAUUAAAUUAGCCAUCCAAGAAUCCAAGACCAAUUUGUCAAGGGCUGCAACAGCAGACGAUGUUACACGGAAACAACUUCUUAACUCAAUUGAAGCCAACAUUGAAGAAUCACUUGAAAUAUAUGAUCAAAUGAUCAUAGAAGUGCAGAAUAUGCCCAGUAGUCAACGAGCUGCAUACAACACCAAGGUACGACAAUAUAGAAAUGAAAUAGAUAUCCAGAAGCAAAACUUGAAUAAGUUGGCUGAGUCACAAGAUAAAAGAGCCUUAUUUGGUAAUCGUUAUCAGGAUGAAGAAGCAGAGAUAGGUUUUGAAGGAGACAAUCAACGGAAGCAAUUGUUGAGUAACCAUGGAUCAUUAGAAAGAUCGUCAGAAAGAUUGCGAGAUUCUCAGAGAAUUGCUUUGGAAACAGAGUCUAUUGGUGGUAAUAUAUUGAAUGAUUUAAGAAGUCAAAGAGAACAGAUUAUAGGGGCAAGAGAUACUUUAAUGGUUGCUGAUGGAUAUGUUGAUCGUUCAAUUAAAACACUCAAAUCAAUGAGUAGAAGAAUAACUGCCAACAAACUUAUCAGCUAUGCAAUCAUUGGGAUAUUGAUUUUAUUGAUUCUUUUGGUGUUGGCAAGUAAAUUUUGGUAG